GAGGGAGAAGCAGAAGGAGAGGAGAAGAGCAGUGUGAAAGGAAAACUCCUCUGCUCCAUUCUUAUCCUCUUACCAUUUUUUUUCCAGGAUUUUCCCAGUUUGGGCCAUCUUUCGGGAACUCGAUUAAAGCUCGGUGGUGGAGAAACUGCUUAGACGAGGACCUGGAGGGCUGUAUGUGACUGGCAGACAGCGUGAUUGCCAGCUGUUGAAUUUGAGUUCUAAAUUCCACCAGGUGGCCAAGGGAGGAGGAUGGCUGUGGAGAGUUUUACUGAACUGCUACAUAAACUGAAAGAGGUCCAUGAGCAGGAGCUGGAAGGCUUGCAACAGAAAGUCCUCGAGUUAACAAAUAAGAAAAACUGUGAUGCGAAGAGACUAGAGGAGCUAUACAACAGGAACCAGCAGCUGAGAGAGCAACACAAAAUGCUGACAGAAAACAUAAAACAGCUGGAAAACAUGUUACGAGCUGGGUUGUGUGACAGAUGUACAGUCACCCAGGAGAUGGCUAAAAAACGACAACAAGAGUAUGAAAACUCCCAGCUCCAGAGUCUGCAGCACAUAUCUAUUCUAAUGGGUGAGAUCAAUGCAUUGGUGAAAGAGAAUGAAAGACUAAAAGAGGAGGUGAAGAGUCUACGAGAAAGAAUAGAACAACAGAAUGGUCACUCAGAGGGAACAGGUACCCCUGACGUUAAGCAUUCUCCUGAUCCUACAGCCAAUGCUCUGUCUGUGGCCAACUCUGUUGUAAAGAAUAAUCAGUCCACACUAGGGGGCGCCACUACACCAGCAGCCAUUGUGAAGAGUGAGACUGAACAGAGCCAAAGCACAGAGUCUGCAGGUGACAGACAGGAGACAGCAGACAAAGGAUCGGAAAACAAACGGUUACAAGGGUGGAGUUUAACACAUUUUUUUGAGUCAAGCAGGCAGCCGGUUUUUUCACCCAACCAAGCAUGGAAAGAAAGAAGAACAAUUAGCGUGGACUCUAUGGAGGCUCGUCAACAUCCCACUUCACAUUCCAUCCCUCCUCACCUUCGUCUUCUGAAGAACAACCCUCUGUUUUCACCUAGGCGAUCCGAGGACCGUCCUGGUAUUGUAUCUAUCCCAGUGCGGCCCCAUCCAAUCAAAACCACCCCAUCCAAUCUUGCCUGGCCCCUGCCUGAACGAUCAGAUUGGCCAUCAGUGUUGAAUACUGGCACUAGUGGUGGCAUGGUGGUCAGUCCGAACCUGAAACAUGACUCUAGCUCCCCCAUCCUUCGCUUUCCAAGUCUGGUUCCACAAGGCAUUGAGCCCCACCUACCACCCCGCAGCCCUGCCCACCCACGACCUAUAUGCCCACAUCCAAGGGGGCUUUUUGAGCUAUCAGAUGUCAGGGAAAAGAGAACACCGCCGAGCUCUUGGUCAAGCUCACAGCAUGAGAGGGUAUUUGGUGAAAAUCUGAGAGAAGGAGAUGAAGAAACACCUUUGGAUCUGUCUAAUGGCUCAGGCCUGAAAAUUAAAGAAACAGAGACAGACUUGGCAUCAUCUUCAUCUUCGUCACCUCCAGCUCCAUUCUCUUCACCAUCUUCGGCUCAGUAUGCCUCUAGUCCUCAGAGUGAUCUACAAACAGGGGAUGCAAAGCCUCAGAAAGAGGAGACUGCAGAAAGAGACAAGGAAGAGGGAGAUGAGGGAAGCGAAAAGAACGAGAAUGUAGACACAGAAAACCUGAAAGUUCCCUCUCUGACCAUUUCACUUCGUCCAGUUGUGGUCCUAGAGUCAUUAAAAUCAACAGUACAGAAAGAGCAGGACAUGGAGGAAGACAGUGGACUGCAAGACCAGAAAGAAAAAGAGGAUAGUAAACAGGUUAUAGUGAGGAAGAGACCAUGCCAGACUCCUGAAGCUCUGUCACGACGCCCACUAAAAGAAAAGAAGAUGAGGACCACCCUGCUGCCACAGGAGGCUAACAUUGGAGACACAGAGCAAGGCUGAAGCGUCAUGUACGAGGACAACGAAAUGUAUCAUCACAAGUUACAUGUGGUGUUCUGAAUUUCUCUACAAAAGGAGCGUUUUCCAUUGUAGCAGGAAGCA